AUGUCGAGAAUUCCAAAUAGUGAGAGCACGAGAAGCUUGCCGAAGAUGAAGUCGAUUUGGAUAGAUGAAGACGAAGAAAAUGAGAAGUUGUAUGGUUUGCAAUAUGCUUUAGAACAUGCCGACGGUUUGCAAAAUAAUAUUAAUAAUAUUCAUGAUGAGGACGAUGGCUUGAAACUGACUUUAUUGAAUAGUUGUACACCGUAUCUACCUGAGACCAAAAAACUUAAGAAAAUUGCAUCCAGUAGUAAAAAUUCUAAAGUGACCGCUGGCACAAAGAGGGAAAAGAAAAGCAUACGGGGAAAACUUGUAAAUAUUAUAACAUCGAUGAAAUCAAGCCCGCAAAGGAAUUCAUUUGAAGUGUCAAAGCCAUUUGGGUUCCAACAUAUAUCCCAUGGUGACUUCAACGAAUCAAGUCAUAACAAGCUGAAUAGGAUGGGAGAAAUUUCUAAUCCGGUAAGUCCUGCUAAGACGUUGAGUAGAAUCUUCGUCACAGAGAAAACAACUCCGAACAGUAACGAAGGAAGAGUAGCACGGUCUUCGAACGGAACAAGAAUAUCUUUUGAAAUGGAAGAUAGUUUCCAAAUUAGAAAUAGUUUUGUCCAUUCGGAGGACGAGUUACAGUUUGAUUCAUUCAUGGAUGAAGAACUUUACGAAAUGUUUAUCAAAAAUUGA